CUGUCGGCUGUCAUUUGUCAAUAUUUACGAAUUGCGAAACAUUCUUGAAAAUUCGCAAAACUAAUUGUAAUCUUCACCGAAAAGCAUUGAAAACUUUGAUUUAGCAUAAAUAUUGAUUUUAAGUUAUAAACGAUCAAUUUCUAAAAUGUCACUGUUCGUAAAAAACUUCGUCCGCCGGGUACUCACACCGGCUGUAUCAGUAACAAAGAAAUCGUGUUUUUCAACCAGUAAUGCUGUUCUUACACCUAAAGUACAGAAGCCUGCCCCUGAUUUUGCAGCCACUGCUGUGGUUAACGGGGAAUUCAACCAGUUACAAUUGGCUGACUUUUCAGGGAAAUAUGUGGUUCUCAUGUUCUACCCUCUGGACUUUACUUUCGUCUGCCCUACAGAGUUGAUUGCUUAUAGCGAAAAGGCAAAGGAGUUUGCCGGUAUUGACUGCCAAGUGAUUGGAGUUUCUACUGAUUCAGAAUUCAGUCACUUAGCUUGGAUAAACACACCUAGGAAGGAUGGUGGUUUGGGAAAAAUCGAUAUCCCCCUGUUAGCAGAUUACUCAAAGAAAAUCUCGAGGGAUUAUGACGUACUAUUGGAUGCAGGAUUUGCGUUGCGUGGCCUGUUCAUUAUCGAUAGGAACGGCAUAUUAAGACACAUGUCAGUUAACGACUUGCCUGUAGGACGAUCAGUGGAUGAGACAUUGAGGCUGGUUAAGGCCUUUCAGUUUGCCGAUAAACAUGGUGAAGUGUGCCCAGCUAAUUGGAACCCAGACACAAAUGCAGACACAAUCAAACCAAAUCCCAGGGAAAGCAAAGAGUAUUUCCAGAAGGCAAAUUAAAUCUUAGAAAAGUAAAGUAAUAAAGAAUCUUUCAAACUGUUAACUUUUUUGAGUUUCAACCUACUUAAGGGUUGAGAUUGCGAACAGUUUAUUUUAUAACUCAUAACCAAUAUGCAUUUUUUACAAUAUUAUCAUUAGGUAGUAAUAUCGCUCUACUUCUCCAUGUUUAGCAUACAGUCAUAUGCAAUUGAAUGUGUUAGGAGUUCACACAAAAUAUAAAUUUGGUGCAAAGGCACGUCCUACAGUUUGAGCGGGGAAAGGGCGAUUAUUUCACUAAGGCGAAAAAAAAUAUCCAAAGGUGCAAACUGCAUUUCAUGUUUUUAAUUCUUGCAAUUUAUGCAAUAAAUUAAUGAUAUUUUGAAUACUGUCUAGAGAUACUUUAGAUUGGGUUGAUGGUAAAUGUUGUCAAAGUGAUACUUAUUGUAUCACUUUGACAACAUCUACCCCUUGCAUAUUAACUCAGUAAAAAAGUGCAUGUUCAAAAUGGCAUUUCAAAUUCCUAAAUUUCUUAACAAUUCCAGAAUGACCCGGGGACAUGAUUGGUUGACCUUACUUAGCCUCGUCUUUAAAAAAACAUCAUUAUUCCAUUAAACAAGUUUAUUUGUGAAGUAAGUAUUAAUUUGAAUGUGAGAAGAAACGGCUACCAUUAAAAUACAAAUAAUAUUAUAAUACUACUAUUUUUUCAAAAGUCAAUCUUAAUUUCUCAUUAUAACAUUAAACACACAGUUUCGCUUGUCAUAUAAAAUCUCACUAUACAAAGUAUUCCAGUCUACUCCUGCUCUCCAACAACUGGGUGUUUAAUGCUUAAUUAUCUCAUAUUCCAAUAUGUAUACAUGCAUAAUAAACUAUAAAAUUUUA